GACUAGAUCUGUUAAUAUAUUAUAAUUUCAUCAUACUAUAUUGAUAUUGUGAUUUUAAAUUUUUGUAAGAUAAUGCUUAUUGUUGGUGCUUAAGAUCGUUAUUGGAGAUAUGAGCUCCUUACUUUUCCUUAUGUUAGCUUCCUCCCUUGCUGAUGGAUUAAAAAGAAAUGUUGAAACUGAAAUGAAGCCUAAAAAUGAAACUGCUCUUCAAAAGACACCUGGUAUCUGUUUAACUCCUGGCUGUGUAAAAGCUGCUUCAACUGUUAUAGAGAUGAUAGAUAAAGAAGUGGAUCCUUGCACUGACUUCUUUGAGUUUGCAUGUGGAAACUUUCAUAAAAAGACAAUAAUUCCAGACCAUCAAACUCAUACAGGUACAUUUACUAUGCUUGGUGAUAAGCUUAAUGAACAGCUCAGAAUACUGUUUGAGUCUACCCCUGAGCCUAAUGAACCAAAAAUAUUCAAGUCUGUGCGCAAUUACUACAAUAGUUGCAUGGAUCAGGAUCGUAUAGAGAAGUCAGGUAAAAAGACCUUGCUAAAGCUGGUGGAUAAACUUGGAGGCUGGCCAGUUCUAGAAGGAGAUAAAUGGGAGAAAAAGAAGUUUUCAUGGCAUGAGUUUGAUGUCAGAGCACAUCGCAUGGGACUUGUUGUUGGAAGUAUUCUGAUGUUCAAAGUUGACACAGACUAUGACAACAGCAGCUUAAGAAUAUUUGAAAUUGAUCAGCCUGAGUUUGGACUAGACAAAGAAUAUUUACAAAAUGGAUUUAAGGACAAAGAUGUUCAAGCAUACUACAGGUACAUGGUGAAUAUUGCUGUGCAUUAUGGGGCUAAGAGAAAAACUGCAAAAAAAGAGCUUAAAGAGUCCUUGUUGUUUGAAAUAUUAUUAGCCACACUUAGCAUACCAAAGGAACAGAGAAGAAAUUCUACAGCUUUAAACAAUAAGAUGCCAGUUAAGGAGGCAAAUAAAAUGUAUCCCGGAUUUGACUGGACAAAGCACAUCAACAAUGUGUAUCGUGAGCUGGAAACCCCACUCAAGUCUAAAGAAUUGAUCAAUGUUGCUGUACCAUCAUAUGUUAAAGAGUUAGCAAAGUACUUGCCUAGAGUACGAGCCCGAGUACAAGCAAACUAUCUAGUCUGGAGGGCCUUAAUGAGUUUGAUGCUAUUUAAUGAUAAGACUGCCCAGAAUAUUGAACUAGAAUAUUGCAAACUCCUUACAGGGAAAAAAGUUAUACCACCCAGAUGGGAAACCUGUACAAAGGUGACAGCUGGACUUGAAGCGAUUGGGAGUACAACUUUAUACAAAUGGGACGGUUCUCUAACAAAUGCAGUUGGUGCAAUGUAUGCAAAGAAGUACUUUCCAGAAAGCAGUAAAAAAAUUGCUGAUGACAUGGUUACUAAUAUCAGGAAAGAGUUUAAGAUAUUGUUGGAUGAGCUUGAUUGGAUGGAUGAUAUUACAAGAAAGAAGGCCCAAGUCAAGGUGGACAAGAUGACACCUCACAUUGGAUAUGCCAAGGAGAUCUUAGAUAACAACCUCAUCAAUGAGUUUUAUAAAGGAUUGGAGAUGUCUUCAGAUAGUUUUCUGGUAAACCAUCUGACUCAUAUGAACUUUAUUAAGAAGUACUAUGCAAAGCAGUUUAGGAACAUUAUUGAUCCUCGCAGCUGGGAGGAACAUGGAGGAGCUGCUAUUGUAAAUGCAUUUUAUGAUUCUCAAGAAAACAGCAUAAAAUUCCCGGCAGGCAUACUAGAUGGCGUUUAUUUUCAGGAUGACCGCCCCAAAUAUAUGAAUUAUGGUGCUAUUGGUAUGGUAGUUGGACAUGAGAUCACACAUGGGUUUGAUGACCAGGGUAGUCAAAAGGAUGGUGAUGGAAACCUUGUUAACUGGUGGGAACCAGAGACUAAGAAAAAAUACCUUAAGAGAGCCCAAUGCAUUAUUGACCAAUAUGGAAACUAUACGGUUAAUGUUGGUGGCAAAGUCAUGAAUCUAAAUGGAAUAAACACACAAGGAGAGAAUGUUGCAGAUAAUGGAGGGUUUAAGGAGGCAUACAGAGCAUAUAUGCGCUUGGUAAAAAGGGAAGGGGAGGAACCCUCCUUACCUGGUUUACCCUAUACUCCUCGUCAGCUGUUCUGGAUCUCAGGAGCAGCCCCCUGGUGCACAGUUAUGCGGGAAGAGAAGUUAAAAAACUAUGUUCUUACUGAUUAUCAUUCCCCAAUGAGGUUUCGAGUAAACGGAUCUCUCAGAAAUUUGAAAGAGUUCUCAAGAGAUUGGAAUUGUCCAUCAAGGUCUCCAAUGAACCCUGUAAAGAAAUGUAAAGUGUGGUGAUUAAAAAUUAAUAAAUGUUUUUUGGAAAA